CGCGGGGCUGGCGCGGUUCCGCUCGUCGCAGCUGCGGCGGCCGAAGGGGCGGCGGGACGGGAGCGCGAAGGCGGCUCCCGAGGCUGCGGCGCCCGCGGCGAGCGGAUGAACGAGGCGGGGAAGAUCCAGCGCCGCCGGGAGAGCUUCCGCGUCGCGGGACGGAAGUGACGUCGGGGGCUUGCGGUCAUCGUUGCGCGCCCGAGGCGGCCGCCAUCUUGGCUGCUGGGGCCGCCGCUGCUUCGGCCGGAGACCGGCUUCGGCGAGCGAGAGGUGAGGCGCGGGCCGGAGUCGCCAGGGCCAGGGCCGCCUCCGCGGGCGCCGGCGAAGCGGACGGGCCUCGUUCUGCGCGGAAAGAGGCCUGGCCCCGCCCCCUUCCUGAGGGGGGGGCAGGUCUCCGCUCGGGGGUCUCGCCUGCCCGGCGAGGGGGGGGGACGGGGCCCCGAGAUGCUGCCUCCGGUGCCGGUCUCUGGCGGGGGGGGGGGGGAGCGGCCCUGGCCAGGCAGCAAGUCCAGGUCAGGGAUCCCACUGGAUCCCCCAGCACAUCAUCUCUGGGCGCCAAAGCUGCUCCUUGGCAAGUCCUUGGGAGGGGCCCGGAGGAUCAUCUAGUCCAGCCCCCUGCGAUGCAGCAUUCGGCAGCUGCCCCUUGCCGAGGUCGAACCUGCAGCCCAGCCUCUCCCCAGCUGAGCUAUCCAGGCUGGCCAGCAGGGCAUUAAACUCUCCCGAUUAAUCUGUGUCACUUCGUCGAUGGCCCGCUUUAAGGGGUAAUUAAGGUAACAAAUACCAUUCAGGUAUCUCAGACGAAUGGUAGAAUAAAAUAAAAGCAGGAUAUGUUAAGAGCGCAUGUGCAACAGCCUGCCUUAUUUUGCUAUCUAACACAGCUGGUGGGGGGAUUUUCCCUUGUCUGUUGAGCUUUGAAUUCUUCCCAGGUUUGCAACAUUUAUUUUUGCAGUUGAGCUUCACCUGAGCCCUAUGGAUACUCCAACCCCUUAGGGAUGAGCAGGCUGCUGUGCCCCCCCGAGGGGUCCAGAUGGUGUGAGAAGCCUCCCUGAGUGCAGAAGGUUUCCUGUUGCUGAAGCAAAGGGCCCACAGGCUACCCCCCUUCUGCUCACACAGUGAUGGGCAUGGACAGGGCAGCCAACCCAAGAGACCAGAGUUCAAAUUCCCACAACAAGGAAGCUCACUGGGUGAGCUUGGGUCAUUCACUGUCUCAGCCUAACGCACCUCACAGGGUGGUUGUGAAACUAAAAUCCAUUUACCGUGGUACCUCAGGUUACAUACGCUUCAGGUUACAUACACUUCAGGUUAAAGACUCCGCUAACCCAGAAAUAGUGCUUCAGGUUAAGAACUUUGCUUCAGGAUGAGAACAGAAAUUGUGCUUCGGCAGUGCAGCGGCAGCAGGAGGCCCCAUUAGCUAAAGUGGUGCUUCAGGUUAAGAACAGUUUCAGAUUAAGAACAGACCUCUGCAACGAAUUAAGUACUUAACCUGAGAUACCACUGUAUUUAUUCGUUUUAUUUCUUUAAAUUGUAUACCGCCCUUCAUUUGAAGAUCUCAGGAUGGUUUACUUUCAGAGGAAUUUCAAAGAUCAUUUUAUGAAACCCAGGGUAACUAUAAUAAAAUGUUAGGUUUAUACUAGUUAUUUAGCACACGUUACAUUUCCACAGUUUUUAUAAUACUGGAAAAUUACCAUCCCGGUGCUGUAUAGUUCAUUAUAGUAGUAACCUCCUACAUAAAACUCUGAUGUUGUGUGAACAUGUUCUUGGCAAAAGGACGUCCCCCCAAAGCGUGUUCAAAAUAAGUAGAAUAAUUUAGCCCCAGUGACAUUUAUGUGACCUCCUUGGAGGAAAACAUGGGAUCUAAAUGCGAUAAAAUAAUUAGAACAGCGCCGUUGCUUUCAUCUGCUUAUUUGAUCUGAGAUGACUGUCCUGCCCACAGCUUUCCUUGUUCCUUUGCCUCUCUCUUUCACGGGCAGGUCCCAGUGCAAGAUGGGAGUCGCACCUGCCUGAGUCACUGUGGUGCCUUCAUGGAACCUUGCCCCACGCCAAGCUGUGCCAUGGGGAUAGCCAGGGAAGCCGCAGACCGAGCAGGUGGAUGUGCCAGCCGUAUCCUUUGCAUGGAGCCUUGCCGUAGAGACCCUUGCUGGGGCGGGCAGAACUAUCCUGCCCCAGAAGCGCUGGCCUCGGCGGGAGCAGCGUGUCUGAGUGAGGCAAGCACAGCAGCAGCAGCAAUAGGCCCCCCUACGGAAAGCUGCCCGCAGGAAGAACGGCCCAAGCCCCAGAGCCCCCCCUGCAAGAAGAGCGGCCUAGAGACUAAAGGCAAGCUGCCUUCUACACAGCUGAAGGGGCAAGCGGAGGAGACAGGCGCUCGGGAAGCCCUUGGUACGUCUCUGGGGGCCACUGGCUGGGAUCCUGUAAACCGCAUGCAGAAGGGGACUCCCCAACCCCAAGGCCUCCAGGAAGCCGCCUCUGAGUGUCAUGCAGGACCGGAUUAAGACCUUUAGAGGCCCUAAGCACUUAGAAGAUUUUGGUGCCCCCAUAUGUAUUGAAUUCAAAAUAUAAACAGUAAUUAACCGUAAAAUAAAAACUUGUUUUUGAAAUGAAAUGAAACUGAGAAAAUGAACUCUCAGUGGAGUGAUCUGUGACCAUUUCUAUGGUGCCCACCUUCCCUUGAUGCCCUAAGCAGGGCUUAUUUUGCUUAAUCCAGACUUUGGGGAUCCUCUGGGAUCUGCCUGGGAGGGGGGCCAGGGCUUGCUGAAGGAGCUGCAAAAUUAGGCCCAGGCCCCUUGGGCAAGCAGGUGCUCCUUACUGAACAUGCCUGGGAAAUGGCGGGGGGUCCUUCUUCCAUUCUGCCACGCAUGGAGAUAAUCUGGUGCAGAAGGAGUGGGGUUCAAGUGUGGGGGGGGGAUGAGGGGGCAGGUUCUGCCUUUAUCUUAGGGAGGGUGAUGCCUUUGGAGAGUUGUGGGAGGGAGGGAGUUGUGGCAGCACCAUAGCACCUGAAAUCUCUGCAGAAAUGGUUCUGAUGAGGAGACUGAUGAGAUUCUGGGGAGGAUUUGGGUAGAACCUGUAACUUGGCAGGGACUGGGAGGAGCACUGAGGAAGACCCUGAGGUCCCAGGUGAGCUGGAUGAGCAGCUGCUGGACUCCACAGUUAAGGACACAACCACACACACACUCUGUGGUCACUGCCAGGGUCACAGUGUGGUGCAGUGGUUGGAGCAUUGGACUAGGACUUGGGAGACCAGGGGUUGAAUCCACGCUCAGCUGUGAAGCUCACUGGGCAACCUUGAGAGCCAGUCACUGCCCCUCGGCCUCACCUACCUCACAAGGUUGUUGUGUGAAUAAAAUGAGUGGAGAUCUGCCCCCGUGACCUUGAGCCCCUUGGAGGAAAAGGUGGGAUAUAAAUGAAAUAAAUAAGUGCAGCAAUGAUGGUUUUUUGGGAGAGGAGGAGCUCCCAUCGGCUUGACUAGGAAGACUUUUUUUGUUAACCCUAAUUACAGUGCUAAUGAGGUCUUUUUUGCUAGGGUAGCUGUGUGUGCGGAGAAGUUAAUCCUUCUCUACCUGUGUGCUGCAGUCCUGACAAAAUGACCCCUGUGGAGAAAGAGGCCAUGUGCAGCCCUCCAUAUAAAACUAAGUCCAUCCCUCUGGCUCCAUGUCCUCAGACCUGGCAGGCUUCAGUUGUGGGGAGCUGAGGCUGGAAGUGGGGAAGGGGAGGCAGGAGUUGGGAGCCCUCUUCCGCCUGGCAUGGCAGCGGCUGCUUACCUAACCUGGCCCUUCCUUUUCCAAGCAGAUGGACUCUGCGCUUCCCCAGAGGCAGCCUUGGUUCCUGCCAAAGAGCAGCCGGCAGCUCUCCCGUCCACGCAGAAGCGCCCGCGUGGUCGCAAGCCCCGCAAGAAGAGAGGCGCCGCCUGCAGAGGCCCUGCCCGCCAGGAACCCCAGGGACCCCCUGAGGCCCCUGGGCCUUCGGAGAACGGCCCACCCCUGCCUGUGAAAGUGCCGAAAAAGCGGGGGCGCAAGUCCAAGGCUGAGCUGCUCCUGAGGAAGCUGUCGCAGGGACUGGAGUGUCAGGCGCCCGAACCCCUCUGCCAACAGAAGCUGCUGGCCAGUGAUGGAGGGCUGGACUGUCUGGAGACGACGCCUGGGGGACGCCCAAAGCGGAGGGCGGCAAAAGUGUAAGCGAGAGGCGUUGACGGGCAGGGGGAGGAACUCGCUGGUAGUUUCUUUGACUACUGAGCAGGAGUGGUGCUGCCUUCUUAGGCCCAGGGGGAAAGGAGGCAGCGACGGCCACCGGCUUGGAAGGCUUUAAAACAGGAUUGAAUGUAAAGAGAGGCUGCUUGAUCAGGCCUGUUGCAUCUAGAUAGACUGCCUCUGGACCUGGAGGUUCUAUAAGGACAGAAGAAAAAACUGCUGGAUUAAGCCAGCGGCCGAUCUAGUCCAGCAUCCUGGUCUCACAGGCCGACCAGAUGCAAGCAGGAGUUGAGCACAAGAGCCCAGGUCUCCCCUCCAGCGGCUUCCAGCCCCUGGCCUUCCAAAGCUUUGCUGCUUCCAACUGGAGGCAGAGCUGAACCACCGUGACUAGUAGCCAUCGCUAGCCAUACAGUGGUGCCUCGCAAGACGAAAUUAAUCCGUUCCGUGAGUCUCUUCGUCUUGUGGUUUUUUCGUCUUGCGAAGCACGGCUAUUAGCGGCUUAGCGGCUACAGGUAUAAACUCGUUCCCGCAACUGCAAGCCUCGACCCCUAGGGAGCAUCUGGCCAUUGCAUAAGCCUUGUCCGGCCUCUUAAGCAGUCCCUCCUGACGUGCUUACAUAACACAAGCCCCGACCGCCGCCAUCCCAGCAACCCCGGAAGAUAAGAUCUGCAGCAAGCACCCCACACCUCCGAUCCCGGGGCGCGCUCAGCCAAAGCGUCCCCGGACACCUGUCCCGCCGCGCCUUUGCGCAGCGCUCUGCAGAGCGGAGCGAUGAGCCCGGCCGAUCGCAAGCAGGGCAAGCGGCGGCGAAGGCGGAGAGAGCGAGGCCCAGAGGGAGGAGUCUCCGGCAACGCCAUCGACGGCCCCGCCGCAGCUCCGGGUCCUGGAGCCCUCCGGCUGCCGACUGCCUUUAUUUUGCUGCAGGAGCCUCCUCUGCACCGGGAUCCUCGCGCGCUCCCUCCGUCUCUCCAUGCCUUUUAGGUGAGUGGCGUGCUCGGGCUGACUUUGGACGACCCACAGCGGGGCUUCCCUCGGCCGCGCGACCGGAGCUCGCCUUUGCGGUCACUUUGAGAAAAAGGAAAAAAAACUCGCAAGAAGUUUUGUCUUGUGAAGCAAGCCCAUAGGGAAAAUCGUCUUGCGAAGCGACGCAAAAACCGAAAAACCCUUUCGUCUUGCGCGUUUUUCGUUUUGCGAGGCAUUCGUCUUGCGGGGCACCACUGUACAUGGAAUCGUGGAUUCAUUCUCGUCUAUAAAUGGGUUUAAUCCUCUUCUAAAGCCAUCCCAGUUGGGGGAGGAGAAGGCCGUGAGCGGCUACUAGCUACCAUGGCUGUGUUCUGCCUCCCCUAUCGGAAGCAGCAGCGUCCGAAUCCCAGAUUCUGGGAGUCACAGGUAGGCAGGGGACUCCCCUGCUCCAGUCAUGCUGGGGGGCUUAUCUGUGGAGCAUCAGGUUGGCCCCCCUGAGAACAGGAUGCUGGACUAAAGGAACCUUUGGGCUGAUCCAGGCACCUCUCCUUCUGAGCAGGUCAGGAUGUCCUAAGAGGUUUUCAAGACGUGGGGAACGGGACUCCACAGGGGCCUCACCUGGAUGCAGGCAGAACAUGGCCCCCCCAACACCUGUGACCUCACGGAGUUGGGGCCAAGCGGAACCUGUUUUCUGCUGGGCUUUCAGUGGAAGCUGUCCUCUAGUUUUCGUGUUUUGAAUCGAGUUCCUAAAGCAAAAACCGACAGGGAAAAGAUUAAAGAAAUCCUAGUCAACAAAUUGAUUGACUGCAGAUAUCUGCAUGCAAGGCAAAGUUCUGCAGAAAGAUGUAGAGAGAGGAGGGAGCUGGUCCUGGCACUCGGCCAUCCAAGUCACUAGUCCUCACUGCCUCUCAUGGGAGCUUCCAGAAUUUGUGUGGAACUUGGAGCUGCAGGCCUUCUGCAAGCAGCACUUUGGCCCAGAGGAUGGGGAGAUGCUGGACCCAGGCGGGCAGUGUUUGGUGCCUGCCGCAGCCCCACCCUGUUCCCACCCUUCUUCAGUUCCGGCUCUUGCCCUGAAGAUCUGGGGUGUCUUGUGACCAUUUGUCCCUACUCCCUCCCCUUCGGCCUGCAGAGCCCUUCUGUACCUGCAGGAGUUGGCCGAAGAGUUGACCUCCGUGUACCAGCCGCCCGCUUGCAGUGAGCCCUUGGAGAACGCCCCGCGGCCGGAGGAGCCCAGCCGGAAGCGGCGAGGCCGGAAGCCCCAGAGCCAGAAGCGGGAGAGCGAGGAGGAUGCGGAUUUCAACCCCUCGGAGGAAGGACUCUUGCAGGAGGAGGAGGAAGAGGAGGAGGAGGAAGAGGACAGCGACCUGCGGCUCAGCGAGGUCUCCGACUCUGACCUGGAGCCUGGGCUGCGUGGAGCAGCGGUGACUAAGCUGGGGGACGGGGAAGGAGUGCUCCUCUUGGUGGUCUGCUCAGAGGCCUCUGUGAAUGGAGAGCAAGCCCGGCCCUUCUCUGGGGACUGCUGGCUUGGGAGGGUGGGCUCCGUGGGCCUCUGUCUCUGACCCCCGCCUCCUUCUCCCCAGAGGCCCAAGAGCCACUGCCGAGGGUUUGCGUCCAACGGCUUACACAACUCCAUCAUGGCCCCCAUCUGGAAGGCGCUCUCCGUCACCCACCGUGUGUAAGUCUGGGGCUGCCUGCCCCACUUUGCUGGUGGGGUAACUGAAGCACAGGAAUGGGGGGGGAGGAAAGGGGAGGGUCCCUGCCUUGCAGUUGUUCUGCUGCUGCUGCCGCUGGGACAGAGCUCAGCUCCUUUACUGCAUGGCCCUGCAGUAUGGAAAGGAGCUGCGCUCAUUGUACUGCCCUUCAAACAAUACGAUCGGAGCGGGGGGGGGAACUGUGCGCCUGAAACACUCAGGCUGGUGCGGGUUCCAGGGACCCCAGCUGGGACCCCGGAGAGCGAGGACUGUUGCGUCCCAAAAGCAAGGAAGGAUUGUACUCUGAUUAAUAAAAUACACAUGAGGCUUGACCAGCAAGACUCUGGGAGGGGUGCCAAUAAUAAUAAUCCGUCCACCCUCCGGCCCAGGUCGUUGUAUUCACAAAAGAACUUUUUACAUAGUGUCCAUAAAAACCAAUCAGAUUUCCUCUGAGCGUUUCAAAAACCCCACAUGGGGACAAAAUUAAAGUUAAAACUACAAAGAGCUAAUAUGAGCAUGCAUACAUAUCUGAGAAUAAAUAAAACAGGACUAGAGGAAUGCAUUCAGCAAAACCCCGGAGGUCAUAAACAAGCAGUAAACAUGAGGGGAAGGAUGGCAAGGAAGACAGGUAUCUUUAUCACCUUCAUGUGAAACUGUUUCCUGGCCCUAAGAUUAACAAAACCAAGGAAGGGUAUAUCAAAGAAGCUACCUACUAUCUUUGUGACCCAGGAUGCCUGGUGAAGCAACUGGCCUGUGUUUAGAAUGCUUGUGUGUGCCUGUCAGGCAGAGAAAUAGGACAGAGACGCAGAGGCGUGGAUUGGUCAGAAAUCAUAUCAAAAUGGCUCACCCAGUCAACGCAAUGCUUUCACUGCUGGCACAAAUGGCUUGCUCCAUAUUUUUUAUAAUUCCUCAUAGCAAUCCCACCUGAUCACUACAGAGGACUGCCUGGGUUUGUUCCUGCUGAGGUUGCAGUGAUGCUGUCGCCCUCUGGGCUGGCCCCGUUCCCCGCUGCAGUUCUCUCUGACGCCAUGUGGCUUUGUUUGCUUGCAGGCGUGAGCAGCUCUACUCCCACUGGGAGUUUCCAGAGUGGGUGCCCUCGGCCCGGAAGUGGGUCUUCCUCUCGGAGAGGUGAGUGGCCUCCUGACAAAGAAGAGGGAGGGCAGGUGCCGGUAACUCUGAGGAACAUCUGGACCCAGGUUGGCAGUUGCAAUAAUGGGGGGGGGGAGCGCAUGCUGGGGAGAGAGCAGGGAGAGGGUGCCCCGCGUGGCAUGCCCUCUGGGCCCUUUGCCACUGCUGCCACCACCAGCAGGAGGAGCCCCAAAUCACCACCAGGAAAGAGGCCGCUUUUGCAUGGGCAGCCCAGCCUCUUGCGAGAGCCCAGAGAGGUCAGGGUGUGUGCGUGUGUGAAGAAGAUCCUUGGAGUGAGUUUCCCCUCUUUCCUCCUUCCUCUUCCAAAGCGAAGCUGAGGAAUACCUCCCCAGCGAGACCAAGUCCCCGCUCUUCUGCAUCAAGCGCGAAGGCCUCCACGAAGAAAGCAGCGUUCUCUACCGGAUCAACAGGUGCCGGUCACUUUACGUAAACGUCUCUCCCGCCUUUCAGCCGAGAGUCCAUCUCGCAGUACUUGAAGAGCCCAGGAACCGCCUGUGGGAUUGGGCCCCAGGAGCCCAGCUCCCUCUUGUCAGUUGCCUGUGGGAAACCAGCCAGCAGGUUCUGAGCACAAGAGCAAAUCACCCGUCCUGGGGCUUCCAAAGCCUGACUUUGGAGGCAGAGAAGUAGCCACUGAGAGCCCUCUCCCCCUCCAUGAAUUUGCCUAAUCCUUUUGGUGGCCCUCCCUGCCCUCCUUCAGGAAGGAGUUUCACAAAUUAGCCAUGUGCCGUGUGAAGGAUUUUCUUUUAUCUGCCCUGAACCUUGUACAGUGGUACCUCAGGUUACAUACACUUCAGGUUACAGACUCCGCUAACCCAGAAAUAUUACCUCGGGUUAAGAAUUUUGCUCCAGGAUGAGACCAGAAAUUGGGCGGCACCACUUAACCUGAAGUGGUGCUUCAGGUUAAGAAAAGUUUCAGGUUAACCAAUCUCCGGAACAAAUUAAGUACUUAACCCAAGGUACCACUGUACAUUGCAAACAGCCCCGUUUGAAGCAAGACUCCCGGCCUGUGAGCCCCUUGGCAAGACCCCCCUUCUCUUUCCCCUCUGGCAGGUUCAACGCCUUGCAGCCCCACGAGGAGCGCCUGGACGUCACCUUCUUUGUGGGGGGUCCCGUCUGGGCCAUGGAGUGGUGCCCCACCCCAGAAGGCGCCCCAGCCUCCCAGUACGCAGCCAUCUACUGCAAUCCCGGCAUGGACGACCGGCACAGCUUGGCGGGGACCCACACGGGGCCAGCGCUGCUCCAGCUCUGGGAGCUGGGGCCUCUCCAACAGGAGGCAGGGUGAGUGGGGAGCCCCCAGGCCCCCUGCAGCGCUCCUUGGCCCUGCCUUCCCCCGGCUUCAGCCCCAGGGCAGCCUGGUGGCCGCCCAGUGGAGCUCAGCAGGGACAUGUCCUGAUCCCCAAGGACCCCUGGGCAAGGCAGGAGGGCAGGCGAGGAGGGGCUUUCUCUGCCGCAGGACCAGAGAGGCUGGCACCUGUGAGCUGGGCCCCCUGGCAUGAAAGAGGGCACAGGUGGGGGGGGGAGAAGGAGAGAGGAGCUGCCACAAGGAAGACAGGGCCAACGUGUUUCCUUCUGCUCUGGAGGGGAGGAUUCAAGUUCCCAGAAAGGAGAUUGCGAGGAAACCUCAGGAAGGCCUUCCUGCCAGUGUGGUGUAGUGGUUAAGAGCGGUGGACUCGUAAUCUGGUGAACCGGGUUCACUUCCCCGCUCCUCCACCUGCAGCUGCUGGGUGAUCUUGGGCUAGUCAGACUUCUUUGAAGUCUCUCAGCCCCACUCACCUCACAGAGUGUUUGUUGUGGGGGAGGAAGGGAAAGGAGAAUGUUAGCCGCUUUGAGACUCCUUUGGGGUCCCUUCUGUGAUCCCUCUGGAAGACGUGGCCACACUGCUAUGCUGGAGUCUGAAUGGCCGGGCUGCACCUGUGCAAUGACAGCCUCCCCCCCCCCCUUCUCUCCCCUUCCCAGGUCAGCCACCAAGCCAGGACUGGCCUAUGGCAUUGCCACUGACCACGGCUGCAUCUGGGAUAUGAAGUUCUGCCCCAGCGGUGCCUGGGAGCCCCCUGCCACCCGCCACAAGGUACGGGGGGUGGUCUCUGGGCACCCGCUUCCCAAUGUGCUUGAGAGAGAGCACAGAGGCUGCCGGGGGGCGGGGGGGCAGGCUGGCAGAGCCGGCUGCUUGCUGGGGCCCCACAGCGCGGCGUCUCCCAGCUCUCUCUCCUGUUCCCAACAGUCGCCAUCCCAGAUGAGCCGCCUGGGGCUGCUGGCCGUGGCCUUCUCUGACGGCAAGGUGCUGUUGUACAGCCUGCCUCACGCAGAGGACCUGCGUGGCUCCCGGAGAGCCCAGGUAACAGGUAGGAAGAGCUGUGAAGGGACCCCUCCUCCCCUGGGUCACGGGGAGGGCUGGGCGCCAGGGCUGUGCCAGUGUGCUUCCCUUGGCGGGUGGCAAGGAGCAUCUAUUUCUCUUUCUUUCUCUCCUCCCCCUCCUUCUUUCUCUUUUUCUCUGCCUUGCCUGGUGUUUUGCCAGCUCAGGGCUGUUUUAUGGGGUAGCGGAAGAGAGUCUCUCACCCAAAACGUUCUGGCAGAGGCAGCUGCCCCCUCCCUGGUGGGGCGGGGGGGCGAGCAGCGGCCUGGGUGCUCAGCCAGCCGUAUCAGCUAAUGAGCCUUGUAAUGAUAUCUGUCUGCAGGAGUGAUGGAUGAGGCUGCAGGCGGGCGGCCUUGGGGGUGCUCAGCCCUGCCUCCUUGGUGGGGAUAAAGGAGGCUCAGUCCCACCUCCCUCUCCAGACACGCCCUCCAUGAGACUCUGCUGCUCAGGCCUCUGCCCGGCAAUGCCUUCGAGGGCAUCUCUGGCUGACAGUUGGCUCCCUGACAGAGGUGCAGCCAGCCAGCCUCACCCCCCGCCCUUCGUCUCCAUCUCCUGAUCCAAGGAGGACCUUGGUGAAGGCAGCUGCUGCCCCAGCCCAAGAGUCCUCUUCCCCCCCGGCCUGCGUCUCAGAGAUCCCCCAAUCCUUCUGAAGCAACUGCUCCACUGCCACCCUAAAAGCUAUGGGGCAAUUUCUCUGCCGGUGCAUUUUUAAAAAGGUCUCUUUUACAAGGCAGAGGCUACAGGCAGCCUGAGUCGCGGAAUGAGGGUGCUGCCUGCAGAUGGGUCUAGAGCACCGUUUGGUCCUGCGGGGGGGGGGGGGCUUUGGCUUGAGCAGCCUGAGAAUCCUAACCUUGCUUGCGUCAGGUAGGAGGGGGCAACCUGGCGUGGCUGAGGUGGGGGGGUUGUGCUUUCUCUCACCCCACAGAGGCUGCUCCUGGCCUCACAGCAGCUCUCCCUCCUUCUCCUAGGUGGGCCCUCCCCCCGGCACACCAUCUGCAAGGUACGUCCUGCCAGCCCCACAGAGGAUCUCUUGGAGCCACAUCCUGAGCCCUCCAAGCUGCCCAUGUUCUGAGGGGCAGGGACAAAGGGGGGCUCUGCCUCCCUCACUGGUCCAGCUGCAGCUCUGGAAAGGCCGGUGCAGAAGUCACUGAAGGAGUUGGGGGUCAGGCCUGGAAUCUUGAGCGUGCCAAGGUGGCCACCGACCCCUGAGUUUCCGUGGGGCUCCUUCUCUGGCCUCCCCCCCAACUGCUCCUCCUCCUCCAUCCCUGCAGGUCCAGUGCGUGGCCUCCCUGCAGGUGGGGGCCAUCCAGGCCGGGAGCCCCUCCCAAUGCGGACAGUGCCUCAGCUUGGCCUGGAUGCCGGCGAAGCCUCACCAACGCCUGGCGGCCGGAUUCUAUGAUGGUGAGAGGAGAAAGCUUUGCAGCUGAAACUCCCAAGUGCCAAGGAGGCUCGGGGGGGGGAUGUGUGUCCCCCCCCCCCGGCACAGGCUCCCAAUCCCAGCCUCCUCCUCGGAAGGUGAUGCACCUUCUGCCUCUUCUGGCAGUUGCAUGGCCGCCUGUCAGGGAUGCUUUCAAGCCUACUCUUCUCUGCCUGUCCCCCCCCCCCCUCCAGGCACAGUGGCCCUCUGGAACCUGGCCAGCCGCUCCCUGCUGCAGCGAGUGCGCCAGCCGGACGGCUCCCUCAAGCUCUACCCCUUCCACUGCUUCCUGGCCCACGACCACGCCGUGCGCAACAUCCAGUGGUGCAAAGCCAACAGGUGGGGGCCGGGCUUAGCGGGGGGGGGGGACUUCUUCCAGCCUCCUUCCCCUGCUGCCUGGGGGGAGACCUCAGAGUGGGUCAACCCUGCCAGCGACUGGGCCUCGCCAGGACCUCCAUCACUGAGCCGCCUCCCCCUUGCUUGCUCCAGCAACUUCAUGGUGACGGCCGGGAACGACCGCAAGAUCAAGUACUGGGACCUGCGGCGGCUGUACGAGCCGCUCCAGAGCAUCAAGCGCUUUCUGAGCACGGAGAUCGCCUGGCUGCUGCCCUACAGCGGCAUCACGGUGGCCCAGGACAACUGCUAUGCCUCGUGAGUGCGGAGAGGGGAGGGCUGCUGGCCAGGACGGCUUCCCGAAUCCUCAAGGGGGGAGAGGGCUGUGGCAGCUGAAAUCCAGGGGAUCUGCUUGGCCGCUGUGCUUUUCUGUGCUUGGCAGAGGGUGCUCUCGCUCUGAAGACCUGCUCCCCCAGGACAACCCAGCCCCAGCAGGCGUCAGGCUGGCGGUGGGGAGGGGGCAGGAAUUAAGAAGAGCUUUCUGACGAUGAGGCCUGUUUGGCAGGGGAAUGGUCUGCUUCCCGCCCGCCCCCCCUGCUCGCGGGCGCUGCCUCGCUCUUUACCCGCCCCCUCUUGCAUUGCAGGUACGGCCUGUGUGGGAUCCACUACCUGGACGCCGGCUACCUGGGCUUCCGGGCCUACUUUGUGGCCCCUCGGAAGGGCACCGUGUGGGUAAGCGGAGUCUCCUCUGCCUCGUGCGUUGGAGGGCAACACUGGGGCACUGGGGGCCCUAUUAUUUCUGGGGAGGGGGGAAUGAAGAAGGGGGUGGGCCCAGGUGACAUCCCUCCCUCCCUCUUCCAGAGCAUCUCUGGAUCCGACUGGCUCAACACGGUGGCUGCUGGAGACGUCACGGGAGAGCUGGUGGCAGCCAUGAUGCCUGACCUGUCCGUCAACCCACACAACGUCAAGCGUCCGUCGGAGCGCCGAUUUGUAGGUGUCGCUGCCGCUGAGCGGGAGGGAGGGGGGUCCGCAAGGGACUCACAAGCUUUGCCUUCAGUCCAUCAGGGGAGAUAGCGAGGCCUCCCCACUCGUCCAUCCUCUAGAUCCGGGGUGGGGGUCCCUGGGGAUGAAGGGAGCUGCAGCCCCAUGGAUGUAGCCACAGAAUAGUCCAGGCUGGAUCCAGUGCGUGGUAGCAGCUGCGUUGGCUGGAGUCCCUAUGGGCAGGUGGGUGCUUUCAGCCCAAAUGCCCCCCCUCUUUAGCUCUGAAAAGUCUCUCUGUGUGUCACAGGGUCUCCCCUUUGAAAGCAGUGGUGGACUUCUGUGCCCUCUGAGAGAAGGGCUGAGGUCCAAAGGAGCUUCAAGCCUUCAUGACGUCCCUCUCCCCUCAGACGGGUUUGGGGGCAGGGGCUGCUCAGUUGGUAGACCAGGAGACUCUCUGUCUCGGCCGUGGGUCCAAGCCCCACAUUGAGUGAAAGCCUCUGGCAUUGCAGGGAACUAGACUAGAUGGCCCUUGAGGUCCCUUCCAGUGAUGAUUCCAUGAGGCGCUUUGAGUUGGGACCAAAAAGGUCUCCUUCCCCUCCAGACAGCAAAGUUGUCAUCAGGAAAGGGGACUCCUUUGGGGUGGGUGGGAAGAUUCUGGAGCUGGAAAAUUUGGGGUGCCUGACUUGGGGCUUCUGGCUCCUGCUGCCUGUGGGGGCGCGAAACCUCCUACUUGGGGGGAGCCUUGCCUCUUAACAGCCCAUCCAUAAGAACAUUAGAGGAGGCAGCUGGAUCAGGCCCAAGGGUCCAUCUGGGCCAGGCUGCUCUUCCCCACAUGGCAAAAUACCCCUAAGACCGUAGGAAUGUAGCUAGACUGCCUUGGGACCUGGAGGUUCCACAGAAACAGAAGAAGAGCCCUGCUGGAUCAGGCCAAUGGGAGUCCCAUCUAGUCCAGAGUCCCGUUCUCACGGUGGCCAACCUGGUGCCCACAGUGGGAAAGCUGCGCCAGAGAUCGCCUUUGAUUCCAAAGCAGGGCUGCCUUUGGGCAGGGCUGUUGUGCCUGGCAGUGCCCCCAUGCCCUCUCCUCCUCCUCAUCUUCCGCAGCCCGUCUACAAGGCCAGCCUGCUCCCCUGCGGCCUCCACAACCAGGAGGCGUCGACAGGAGCCCCCGGCGGAAGGCUCAUGGCCCCCGUGGAGGGCAGGACGUACCAGGAGUCUGUGGCCCAGAACUACAUCCUCUUUCGAGACACGGACCUGGUGAGGCCUCAGAGGAAACGGGGGGCAAGGAAGGGGGAGGCAAGGGGCUGCUUGAACCCCCCUAGGUCUUCCUGGAGGGGCAACCUGGGGGUGGCAGGGUGUCCCCCCUUCCCCCCCCCAAGUGUCCAGGAUUCAUAUCACUGAUCCCCAGUGCGCUGCUGUUCUGUGGUGUGUUCCUGGCUGAUAAGGCUCCUUCCCAGGCCCAUCAAUCGCCGGCUGUCAGCAGGAGGCCCCCAUGGGAUGUAGCUGCAGCCCCCCCCCACUUGGCCUGGCCCCACCAACUCUCUCAGCCCCCCCUUCCCUCUCCAGAGGAGCUUCAAGAACAUCUUCAGGCGGAAAGGGAGGAAGAAGCCCCUCCCGGCGGAAGAGGAGAAGGAGGGGGAUGGCCUGGGGCGCCUGCAGCUGGAGGCCGUGCACAAGGUGAGCGGGGGGGGGGGCGGGGCUCUACCCCUGUGAACUUCAGAAUGGAUUCGUGGGAUCAGGCCAUUGGGGGCCCUGUGAAUCCAGCUUCCUGUUCUCAUCGUGCCCCCAAGGGAAACCCGCAAGCGGAAUCUGGCGCAAGAGCAACUCUGGCUGGUUUCCAACAAUGGACAUUGGGAAGUGUCAUGUGCUGGCUCUGGCUUGCGGGGUCCCAUAGCAGCCCUCCUGUGAGCGCAUCAGAAGAACCGGCUGGAUCAGGCCACGGGAGGCCCUGUGAAUCCAGCUUCCUGUCCUCCCAGUGCCCAGCCCAAGGCCUGGGGGAAUCCCAAAGGCAGGGUCCAGGCAAGAGAGCGCUAUCCCGUCUUGGGGGUUCCAGCCACGUGGAUUGGGGAGCCUUGCUGACUCCAGCCCUAGAGGCAGAGCAGAGCCACCCUGGCCAGGAGCCCCCCAGAGCCGCCGCCUCCAUGAAUGGCGGCCGUUGCUGCCUCCCUCCUGUGGCAGGGAGUUCCGCAGUUUAACUGCGCUGCGUGAAGAAGGACUUUCUUUUAUCUGUUUUGCAUCUUCCAACUUCAUGGGGAAGCCCAGCCAGGUGGGUGGGGUGUAAAUAAUAAUAAAAGUAUUGUGAUGGCGCACCUGCAAGUUCUCACGUGGGGGGAGAGAGAGGAGAGUUUUCCCUUGGCUGCUUUCCUCAGGCCUCCCAGAGCUCAUGGCCUGGCCGCUCAGGCUCUUGGUCUCUCUGAGCCCCCUGGAGCAGCCAGGGAGUGAGUCUCUCCCUCCUGAAGGGGGGGCAGGGUCCGUCCCCCUUUGCGCUUCCCCGCCUGACGCCCUUCCUCUCCCGCAGGUGCGCUUCAGCCCCAACCUGGCCUGCCACACCUGGCUGCUGUCGGGGGGCCAGUCCGGCCUCGUCCGUCUGCACUGCCUCCAGGCCCUGGCCUCCCCCCCCAGCCGCAAGCUCCUCCGGGAGUGCCAGGCCCACUUCAGCGCCAUGUUCGACUUGGAGGAGCAGGCGAACGGCCCUGCAGCAGAGCCCCCGGGGGCGCACCCCGCCGUCAGCUGAGCACCCCCCCCCCAGCACUGGCAGAAAUCGGGGAGGAGGAGGAGGAGGCGGGGAUCUCGUUCGAGGCGCCCAGAGCCAGGGGCAUCUUGCAGGGCACUGACGGACUGGCUGGAUCCUGGUUGCAUUGUGAGGACGGACACGGAGGAGCCCAAGGAGGGGCCAGACCCCCGGGGGGCUUGUGGGUGUCUCCUUUCCCCUUGGGUGGGGCUGGGAGUGAGAAGCAGCCCCUGCCCCCAAACUGGACAUCUCUCCAUGACUGUGUGCUUUUGCCUCUGGGGCAGGGGGUGGGUGAGGGGUCUCUCCCAGCCUGCCCUAUGUGUGACCCACAGCACCAGGGCAGGGAGGGGGUUUCUGCCUCCCUUUGGCUGGCCCAGUGGAACAACCCUUUGCCCCCCCCAACAUGGGCCGGUUGGGGUUGGCUCGGCACGUGGGGCCCAGACCAGCUCCCUGCUAGAUGCAUUUUGGGCAUUUGCCCCCCGCCAGCCUCUUGGGGGGGCACAGCAGCCUUGCUCACAUUGAGCUCAUUCCUUGUCUUUAACUGUUGUUCUUAUUAAAGUGACUUGUUUUGUUUCAAA